AUGUCUGGCAUUGUUCCCCACGAGCCUCGAUCAAUAUGGAAACGAUUAUUUCCACCGCUGACAACUCGCACGGUCUUGGCGCACUACGUCCCGGCUUCGGGCGCCCUCUCGCACACGAUGUUCUCGAUGCACAUUUUCAGCCCGUCCGUCGUUAGCAGAUAUUUCCCCGUUGGCGAACUUGCAGUCUCAAACACGAUAUUGUUUAACGCAAAUAUUGGCAUCGGUUUCUACAUAUUUUUCCGGCAACACAUGUCAAAGUUGCACUCUUGGGAACGGGUCGAAUUUGCCGUGUUCGCGUCGACGAUGUUCAACUUCGGGUCCCUCCUUUCAGCCGUGCUCAUCAAGGCAUUGUUGCCGAGUAGGACGUCAACAUGGCUAAAAUCGGUCGUAGCCGCCACGCUGAGCCUGCUGCUGCUGCGUACUGGGCGAAAAUACUUGAGACAUAUCGACUCGAGGACGGUGCCGUCGCGACGUGGAUCGCCGGUGACGAGCCGGGUCGGGUCGACGAAACGGCGGACGGAGGACUUUUUACUACACGCGCCUGACCUGAGCAAUGGACAGCAGCACCGAGGGGCCAGCCCGGAAUUGGCGCAU